GGUCUUAAAUUUAUGCGAAAAUCAUUCUUUGAGUACAGUUUCAUUCAUUGGAGUCAUAUUUUUAAGUCGUUACGGCUAACGUAAAGAAAGAGAAGGGAGAUAAAGAAUCGGUCCGUGAAGGCGAUUCCAUCAGCCUGCCUUCCGGAAUGCAUCUAUCUGCCCUCACCAAGUAUGCUGUAAAGCUCUCAUUUAUGCAGACCGGUGUUCAAACCGCAUCUAAUGCGGGUGAACGCAUGGUCGUGCCCACAGCUCUUAUUCUAGCAGGAUUUGGCUUAGGGCUUUCUUCCUUCAGUAUGAAGAAGAUGGCAUGCACUCCCAGCCGCAGAUCAAGCUUACUUCGUAUGCUGUGAAAUCUGCCAUGAUGAACUAAUACGAGAAACUUUUGAGAGAAAUGACUGCACUUUAAAUGAAUGUUUAUUUGCGAUUGAUGGUUGUUUUACUUAUUGUGCAACAUCAAAUGGAUUAAGCGACUGAGAUUGUAUGUGUGUUAUUAUUAUUACUGGAUCAGAUUGUAUUUGUAAUUGAGUAUGAUAAGACAGGCAUGUUUUUCUAGCUGAUGUCUUCCUACUAGUUAUAUAAUUGUUGUAAUUAAUAUUAUGCUACUUACAAGAUUAUUUUGAAAUCCAAAGCACUUUAAGUUUUUUGUAGUAAUGAUGCAUUGCUGCUGAGAGUGCAUGGUUUCAGUGAAUGAAUUUUCAUCAUGCGUUAGAAGAUAGUAAGGGUAGUAUUGUUAGCUUACAACUCAUGUGUUGUGAGUUUCCUUUAUGGUGCAGUUCAUUUUUGUGCAAAGAAGUAAUUUUUCUUUAAAUUAUUGUUUUAAGUAUGUCAAAUAAAAUGUGCUGGCUUCUGCAA